GGGCGGUAGAGGUCAGAUCUCGUUAAGUAGCAGCAGGAAUCUACCGGCGCCUCUUGUUGGAGUUUCCUGUUUUCAAUGAGCGCUGUGAGCAGAGAAGAGACUCCAACAUGGAUAUCCGACCAAACCACACCAUCUACAUCAACAAUUUAAAUGACAAAAUCAAGAAAGAAGAGAUGAAGCGCUCGCUCUACGCGCUCUUCUCUCAGUUCGGCCAGAUCAUCGACAUCGUGGCGAUGAAAACGAUGACGAUGAGAGGUCAGGCCUUUGUCGUCUUCAAAGAGCUGGCUGCUGCCACCAACGCACUGAGGCAGCUGCAGGGUUUCCCCUUCUACAACAAACCCAUGAGGAUUCAGUACGCAAAGACAGACUCUGAGGUCAUCUCCAAGAUGAAAGGAACGUACGGCGACAAAGAGAAGAAGAAGGAGAAGAAGAAGAAAGCUCAGGAGCCAGCAGCCAGUUUAACAAAGAAACCAGCAGCGGGCUCAGCAGCACCAGUCCACUCUCCUGCAGUACAGGUGCCUGACAAUCCACCAAACUACAUCCUGUUCCUGAACAACCUCCCUGAAGAGACCAACGAGAUGAUGCUGUCCAUGCUCUUCAACCAGUUCCCAGGUUUCAAAGAGGUCCGCCUCGUCCCGGGGAAACACGACAUCGCCUUUGUGGAGUUUGAGAGCGACACGCAGGCUGGCGUGGCUAAAGACGCGCUGCAGGGCUUCAGAAUCACAGCCACCUGUGCCAUGAAGAUCACCUACGCCAAGAAAUAGUCACAGGUGUUCAAAGACUUUGGGGAGGGGGGGUGGACCCUGGUUUCCGUUGUUCAUACAGAUUGAUUUUUUUUUUUUUUUUUUUUAAGUUUAGUUUUUUACUUUUUGUUUCAAGAAUUCUGCAGCGUUGUAAUGAGGUGAAGAGAAAAUGUUCAGCCUUCAUCUUGAUUUGUAAAAUAAAAGACUUUUACAUA